GAUGGCUGAGCAGCUCUGCUGCUCUGAUCAACACUGCUCUAGCUGACCUGAAGCCAUGGUAGACUCUGCCUUCCUAGAUGCUGACCCCCUGGACAGGGACCUGAUCUGGACUCUUGGGACUCAGAGAUUCUCAAAGAUGCAAAUUAUCUGUUUGGGACUACUUCUUUUCUGUCUGACCUGGGCGGAACCAAUGGUUCAACCACAGGCUGGGAAAACUAAGCAAGACUGUGUGGAAGAACAGAGGAUAACGUACAAGGGUCACCAUGAGAAACAUGGGUAUUAUAUUAAGUGUGGUUACACAUCAUCUGGGAGGAAAAAUCAAACUAACGUGAAGCAGGAAGGAAAAAACAAAGACAAUACCACUCUUCACCAUUCUGGCAAGAGAAGAAAUCAAGAGCCAUCAUCUAAAGAAAACAUUGUGCAAGAAAGAGAGAAAGAUUUGUUCCUUCUUGGAAUCAAUAAAAAUAACCAGAUUAGUAAACCCCCAAAUCCUUUUGAAAAUAGACAGACAAUGAAUGAAGACUAUAGUAUUAGUGACAAUGAAAAUGCUGGCAAUAACCUAAAGAUGCCCAUUUACCCUGAAUCCACUGGGAAUAAUAGGCCUGAGGAUGGAGACAACGUUGUCAGUGAACUGCAUGACCAAGAAGAAUACGGUGCAGCUCCCGGCAGAAAUAAUAUGCGACAUAUAAUGGAGCCAGAAGCUGUGAUUAAACGGUUGGGGGAAGAAAACAAAGAGAUCAAACCCACAAAUAUUGAAAGCAAAAUCCCAGCAAGUGUGCACGAUGCUAAGGGUCUCUCAAAAAGUAAGAAGAAUUAUCAAAGAGAUCCACAAGCCACAAAUAUUUCAGUAAAAAGCAAAAGUACCCACCAUAUCCACCACAAGACUGACCAUCUAAAACAGUUCCCAAAACUCAAAAACAUCCCCAGUGAUUUUGGAGGCAGUGGCUAUCCAGAUGUUCAAGAGAAGGGGGAAAACGACAUCCCUCCUUUCAGUGGAGAUGGCCAACCUUUUAAGGACGUUUCCGGUAAAGGAGAAGCUAUUGACCCUGACUUAGAAGGUGCAGGUAUUCAGACAGAGUUUUCUGGCCCCGGUGAAGCUGAGACUAUUAACCCUGAAGCAGGAAGCCCGGAUUAUAAUGACAUCCCAGAAAAAGCAGAAAGUGGCAGAAAUGCCAUUGGAGCCAGGGAUGAAACAGGACAAGAGGCAAGUACCGCUGGUGUAAGCCUCGUGGAGGGCAGCAAUGACAUCAUAGGCAGCACUAAUUUUAAGGAACUCCCUGGAAAAGAAGGAAACAGAGUGGACGCAGGCAGCCAGAAUGCUCACCAAGGGAAAAUAGAGUUUCAUUACCCUCAUGUGCCCUCAAAAGAGAAGAGAAAAGAAGGCAGUAGUGAUGUAGCUGUAAGUACUAAUCAUAAUGAAAUUCCAAAAAACGGCAAAGGGAGUAGUAGAAAAGGUACAGAAUAUUUUAACAGGAAUCAAGUGACCUCAAAUGAAAAUCAAAGAUUUCCAAGUAAGGGCAAAAGUCCGAGCCGGCUCACUCCUUCUCAUGGUCUGGACAAUGAAAUUAAAAAUGAAAUAGGUUUCCACAGUGGCCCCAAUAACGAGAGGACUAUAACGACACACAGCGGGAAAAAUCAGUAUCCAGCCCACAGACAAAAUAACUCUGCACCACGAAGGAAAGGCUCCUGGGGCUACAGAAAGCCCCAUGCCCACAGGAGGUUUAGGCCCCCUAAAAACCACGACAGCAGUGAGUCCUCUGACAGUGGCAGCUCGAGUGAGAGUGACGGUGACUAGUUCACCAGUAAUUCCCAGCAGGAGGAAGGUUCGAAUGCCUGGACACCCGGGAGCUGCGGUGAAGGAGAGCCAUCUGAGAGCAGACCAGGUGAAGACUGAGAGAGCAGGGAAUUGAGUAAACCUCCGGGGGAGGACUGUUGCUACUUUAGUGGUCAUAGUAUAGAAUUCUAUCCAAAGUUACGAUGCGUUAUCAAAUCUAUUUGA